UUGUGACGUAAUGACGUUUCUUACGUUCUGUCCCACCACUACUACUGCUGCCGCUGGUUCAUUAAAUGCGAUUUGUGUUGUUUCAAUUGGCCGAAUCGGCUGAGUGCGGGCGCUCGACUGUGCUGUAGGCAUGCCGAAAAUAAUCUUUGUGCUUUGCUGAGUGUGUAGUUUCCAUGCGAAUCAUCCAUCAUCUACGUUGUUUGUUGUUGUUUUCUUCGGGUUGAAAUCGAGGCUGCGUGCAAAAUCAAUAGUUCCGAUUCACGUGUAUUCUCAUGCCUUCAUGCCGUUUUCAAAUGGUUAACAUCUAAUCGACGCCCAAUAUACAAGUAAUGGCAAUGAAGAUCAGCGCUCAAGACAAGAAGGACUUGGACAAGUUCACCAAAUUCCUAGCCCUCAAAUCUGCACAGGUCAUUGUGCAGUCCAGGUUAGGAGAAAAGAAAUCAACACAAUGUAAAAUGCACACUACUGGCACAGACUGGUUCAAUUUAGCUAUUGAGGACCUACCAGAUGUGCUAGCAGAAACAAAGAAGGCUCUAAAUGGAGAGAUUGUCAGUGCUCGAUUACCACUGUGUGUUGAAAUUUCUUUGCGGACUGUUGAAGGUGACCACAUGGUCCUAGAGUCUUGGUGCCUUGGCAUAGUGCCUGAACAAUGUGAUCCUUCUGUUAGAGUUACUCACACAGUUUACAAUCGAAUGGGAAUCUUGCUGAAAUCCUUAGUGUCUGUUACAAGAGUCACACCUGCCUAUAAGUUAUCCAGAAGGCAGGGACCUGAUUCAUAUAUUAUUUGCUAUCGCAUUUACAUGGAGGAACCUCAGCUGCACACAUUAGGUGAUGGCUACAAGCAAGUGCGAGUUGGACAGAUCUGCACACCCAUUGGAACACUCCAGUUGAGUGUGUCCUAUAGGACAAAGAUGACUAUAUCACCUACAAACAAUGGCAAAGACAACUCCAUCAUGCUGAAGAGUGAUCAUUUCAACACCAAUCUCAGUCCGAGGCAAAUGAGGUAUAAACAGAACGAGGAGAACAACGCAUCUCUGAACAACACGAUGAGAAUAGGCGCGUUUGCCGAUGCGAAAAGGAAACUUCCCGAACCGGAAAUGAUAAUACCUUGCGUCCCGUUCAGCAAAUUGCUCAGCAUGCGGAAGUCACCGGAACAGAAGGCCGAAAACGACGACAGAACCGAAGUCGAGGAGUUGAUGGCUGCGGCCGUAGCAGACGAUUCGUCCACGCUUGAAGUGGACGCAGACGUCGCCGUGAAAGGCAAGGACGACAAGAACGGCAAUGCCAAGGAUCGUCCCUAUUUAGGAGCACUUCCCACCCACCGGUUCACCAUGACGCCCACCAAUGACGAUUUCAUUAUGGUAGACUUGAAGACCCCAUUCGCUACUUCGAACGGAAAUAGUGAGCUGGGUAAAAUAUACAGGGAGUGGCAGACGGCGCCGCCGCUGAAAACUUUCAGCGAGAUACCGCCUCUCUCUGAUCAAGUGCCAGAUCUGACGAAGCAAUUGGAACGCUACGAGACGGCCAUGAAGACCUACGAUGAUAUGGUGCAAGCCCUUUGCGAGUCGCCAAACAACAACUGAAACGGAGGACGAAACCCGUUCGUUAUUCCCGAUCGCCGGAUUUGCCGUUUCUUCUGUGAAAAUACUGCAAAGUGUAGAAGGCGUUCGUUCGUUCCUUUCGUUUUCGUUUGUUGAAUGUGAAAUUAUAUAUUUUUAUAAUGUUUGUAUUUUCAUUUGCCCUCCCAUUAAAAUUUGUUACGUUACCGAGGUGUGCAUAUUUAUCGAGAGAAUAAUGUGAAAUUUUAUUAAAGAAAUUUUAGGCAAAAAUAUUGUUGGCAAUGGAAGCGAAAACUAAAGAAAAUUUAUUUAAAAAAAAUAAUAAUAAGAAAGAUUAUAUAAAUGAAAACAGAUAAUUUCCUUUAAAAUAACUAUAUUAUAUUGAAACACGUUAAAUUUAAGGAAAACCAAAGACUGAUGUAACGGAUAGGGAAAUGGACUGUACAGUUAACAGGAUUUGUUUCGUUUAUUAUUUUUUUUUAAUUAUUUAUGUUUUUUUUAGAUUUAUUGUUACACUUAUGUUUCGUUUUUAUUUUGCGCGAAAAAUAAUAAUUUAACAAAUACUCAACUAAAUUCUUUCAGAUUGCAUAUAUAUGCAUACUCAUACUAGUAACGUAAUCAUUCGAUCCAUCGAUAAUCAACAAUUUUAAAUUGAGUAUUUGGUAUGAUUGUGUAUUCAAUUAGUUUAUGUUAAAGUGUACUUUCUUUCAAUGCAUAUUUCUGUUUUCUAUUCGAUUUACAUCUUAUCAAUUUGAAAAAAAGCAUCCGACCUUGUGUGUAUGAUGUAUGUAAAUUUCUAUUUAUGUUAAUAAUUUCGAUUAUUAUUUCUUUCUGUGUUUAAUAUUUAAUUUGCUCAAUAUUAUUUAUGUAAUUUAAUAUGUAUUAUUAUGAUUUGGUCCAUUCUGCGGGCAUCGCAUCACAUAUGUGUAGGUACAGGAUCUACAGCUAAAACGAGAGAUGAGUACUUUUUAAGUAACUAAUAAGUAAUUCACU